AGUCUGGGCGGUGACACACCUGCUAACCUGUCUGGGUGGAGUUGCUGGUGUUAAACGCCUGUGCCCGUGUGUCUGCUUAGACUUUGAGAGGAGACACUGAGUGAGGAACACAAAGGAGUACAAGGGAGAGAGUUUGUGGGAUUCCUGCUAGACCUCUCCCCCCACAACCCCCAGGAUGCUUAAGAAAACGAACAAGCCUUCGGCCAAGACCAGCAAGGCCUCGACCAACGACCUGGCCUUGCUGAUAGCCCAGAUGCAAUCCAAUGCUGAUAAGGUGGAGAAAAACAUCCUCCACUCAGAGGCCUUAUUGGCUGAGGAUGCAGAAAAUGACAAGAAAGACCUGCCUUGCCAGCAUCAGCAGGAGUUAUGCGACGAGCUGGGCAAGGCUGAGGCCCUGCUGCAAGACCUCUUCCUGGACCUCGACAAAGUCAAGAAGCAAAAGCACCCCCAAGCCCAGGAGAUAGAGCAUGAUGUCACACGUCUUCAUGACCGUUGGCUGAAGGACUGUCAGGUCUAUCGAGAUAUCUUUGAACAGAUUGAUGACGUGUCUCGGAUGCCCAGAAUCGAAUGGGGUCCGGUUUUUGACGAGAAGAAAAAAAAGGUGAAUGUGGAGGAGUACGGCCCCACCUUGGAAGAUCUAGAGAAGCAGAUUGCUGCCCACAACAUUCUCCAUAAAGAGAUCGAGGCGUACCAGUCUCAGCUGAAUGUCAGCUCUGCUGGCAGCAAGGAAAAGUACAUAGCCCUGAAGAAGGAAUAUAACAACCUGCUGGACACCUCCAAGUGGCGUAAACACUACCUAUCUGGCCUGUAUGAAUACAUGCAGUCUUCCAAGAAGGAAAUGGCGUUUCUGGAAGAAGAGCAGAAAAAGAUCAAGCAGCAGGACUGGAGUGACCGCAUGGUCAACCCAUCUGACGUCCGCAGGCAGUAUGAGACCUUCAAGAACAACAGUCUGCUGUCCCAUGAGAGCGAGGUGAACAAACUGCAGGAUGAAGGUGACCGACUCCUUGAACUGAAGCAUCCUGCCAGUGCCACCAUACAGAAUCAGAGGGAUGAUGUGCGAAACGAGUGGCAACAAUUUCUUAAUCUCUGCAUUUGUCAAGAAACACAUCUGGACAAUGUAGAGGAAUACAAAAAGUAUCAAAUGGAUGUUGAUCAACUGUCGGCAUCUCUGUCCUCCCUCAACAACAACAUGGACCCCAAGGCCAUCACCAAGAAAAGCAAUGCAGAGAUAAUGUUCCAGCUUGAGGCGGAAGAAAAAGCUGUACAGAACAGUGAGCAGAUGCUGUCAGAUCUGAGGAGGCGCAGCACGAGCAUCUCUCCUCUGAAGCAACGGCGCAUCAAUCCUACAAGACCCAUCACCGUAGAGUCCCUCUGUGACUGGGACACAGGCAAGGCUUCUUUGUCAAGAGGAGAUAAAUUCACCCUUAAAUCUAUCCCGGAUGAGAAUUGGAUUGUUACUUCCACCGAUGGGGUGCCUAAAUCCUUCCCAGGGGUUUGUUUCCUCAUCCCACCUCCUGAUUCGGACACCAUUAACAAAGUGGACCUCUUGGGCAAAGAGCUGGCGGACAUUAAGAAAAGAAGAGCUUCUCUGGCAACAUCCCUGAAGAAUCACAAAACAGACACCGCCAGGACCCAACAAUCAGCCCCAGUGUCGUCUUCUCCUAUGGACCCAAAAGCAUUGGCCCUGGCUAACCAGCUGUCCAACAUUGAUGCCGACUUGGCCAAGACUGAAGAGAACAUGCUGAACCGAUUGCGAACUCCGCUGAGCAAAACUGACCCGACUGGUGAUCUGGCCAGUCGACUGAGGGAGCAGGAGGAAGCAGCCAGGGCACUGAAGGACCUGGAGCGGCAGAAGGCUGCAGCUCAGGCUGACCUGCAGCCCCUGCUGUCCAGCGGUACGUCUUCGUCGCUGCCACUCCAACUCAGCGCUGCAAACAACAAGCACGACAGCAUCGCCGCACUUGCUGAUCUCUACGGCAAGAAAGCAAAGGCAUCUCUCGCCCUAGAGAGUCAAAUUAAGAAGGUAGAUGGCAUUGUAUCUGGCUUUGAGGACAGGCUGUGUGAAGAUGGGCCAAUCCCUGAUGUUCCAAAUGCCAUUCCAAGCUGCAUUGAUGAGAUUCAGCGUCAGCGCAAGUCUGUGGCGAAUGCUCAGAAUGACAUGAGGAAGCUAAGUCAGGACCUGGAGACCACAGAGCAGCUGUGCAGCUCCCUACAGCAGGGCUACCAGGAGUUCUGCCCCGACCUUCCCCACCAGAAAUCCAAGGUCACGGAGCUACAGACGCGCUACACAAACGUUUCUGAACAGCUGAAGGAGAGAGAAAGCAUCUUACAAGAAUCUGCAUUCAAGAACCAGGAAUUCCAGAGCACCUCAAGAUCCUUGAAUUCCUACCUGUCCAAUCUGCCGACAAACACCGUAAAUGCCAGUGAUGAUUUCUCUCAUGUCAAUGCCAAGCAGAGCUCUCAAGAGAGGGUGAUAGAUGACUUGAAGAGGAAGAAAGCUGAUGUGGACAGAGUGUCAGACCUCUCACGCGACCUACAGAAUUUACUCAAUGGAUAUGAGGCAAAUGUGGACAAAUUCAAUAGCACACGAGAGGAUGCUGGAACCAGCGUUGCUACAAAGCCUCGUUAUGGCACACUUGCCAAUGCUAUUGAAAAAGAGGAAAAGGCUCUAGUAAAUCUUUACGCCAAAACAUCAGCUGAAAAUAGCCAGCUCCAAAAGCAGACGGCCUUGGCUAAGAAUAUAAUUGUAAAAAAUGAAGAACAAGUUCAAAUGGUGUCCCAGCAACAAGUGCAACUGGAAAGCCAGCAAAGGAAUGCACUUGAGUCGAGCAAUCUGUUAAAAGAAUUGGAGGAUCAAAGAAGCAGAACAUCACAUGUCAAAACAAACCUGAGCCAUUUCAGAGACAGGUUGACAUCACUGAAAACCCGCAAAGGGGUACAGCGCAUUGAAGAGAAAGAAGUACUGCAGUACUACCGUGACCCAAAACUGGAAGCUGAUUUGGAGGCUUUUAGGAGAACACUGCAAGAUGAAUCUCUGAGGCGUAGCAGUGUCCAGACUGAAAUUGAGACAUUUAACAAGAAAAUCAUCAUGGUGGAGGACACUGUAACAAACACCCCACCUAAACUACUGACCAGGGAGGUGACUGAGAUCGAGAGAGAUCCUCAGCUAGAUAUAGACGCUGCUAGGACCAGAGAUGAAAUUUCAAGGAUUAGAAAUGAAAUACGAGUGAGAGAUGGAGAAAGCAUGAACAUGAAGACAGAGGUCACAAUUCUUCAGAGUAAGCCCAAUCCCAUCAGAGAGAGGGUAGUUGUGAAGGAAGUGACGAAAGUGGAAAGAAACCCAGACAUGGUGAAGGCAGUGCAAGGUUUUCAGCUUGACAUUUCUGAUGAAAGCAAUAAGUGCAAGAGCCUCAAUGAUGAAAUCUUCCAGAGAAGGAGUCAGAUUAAUACACUUGAAAGAUUGAUUCCUCAAAUUUCACCAAAGGUUGUCAUUAAGGAAGUGAAAAAAGUUGAACAAGAUCCCGAACUCAUUACUGAAUCUAAGAAACUCCAAUUAAGCUUGGAAGAGGAGAAAACUGAAAACAACUUGUUGGCAAAGGAAAUCAAAGAACUCUACAACCGCUACAAUGACGUUCAACAAUGGAAACCAAAGAUAGAGACAAAGGAAAUAGUUAAUGAGAUUUACAGGGUUGAUCCAAACACAGAACUACAGAUACAGCAGUUAAGGAAAGACAUACAAGAUUCUAUCAAAAAGCGCAAUAAUCUGGAAAGUGAGAUCAGCCGCGUCACAUCUGAAGUGAAUAUUCUUCAUGCUGAAAAGCCCAAAAUAGAGAUAAGAGAAGUAUUUCAAGAGGUGGUUAAGGAGGAAAGAAGCCCUGAAAAUGAAAGAGAGAUCCAAAGGCUAAAUGAUCAGGUUAAUUAUGUAAGCAACCGAUUGACUUCUCUGCAGGACCAGGUGAGAAAACUCACGAGAGAGCGAGAUGACUGGAAGGCUGAAAAAUCCAAGGUAGAGACCAGAAUUGUCACAAAAGAGGUCAUCAAAUAUGAAGCUGAUCCACUGGUGGAGAAAGAAGCUGAACGCUUGAGAAGAAAUUUCCGGGAUGAGGGGCAGGUACGGCGCAAAACUGAAGAGAUGGUGUUUGACUUGCAAAAUAAAUACCUUGUGUUGGAGAGACAGAGACCUCAGGAAAAAGUGGUUGUGCAGGAAGUUGUGCGUUUACAGAAGGAUCCGCAGCAGAUUCGUGAGCACGACAGGCUUGCCCGAAGCCUCGAUGAUGAAGUAAUGAGUCGACGUCAGGUGGAGCUCGAGGUGCAGCAGCUAAGGACAAAGAUCGAAAAUCUACUUAGGAUCCUCAAAGAGUCUGAUGAGCGCCAAAAGAGGAUUCAAGUGGAGUCUGAACUCAAUGAGCUCAUAAUUCAUAUCAGGCGCCUGGAGAAUGCCCCACCUCCUGUUGAGGAAUGUAUUACAGUUGAGGAAGUUCUGAAGGUUGAGCGUGAUCCAAAACUGGAGAAGAAAACAAAUGGCCUUCGAUUAGACAUGGACAAGGAAACCAGUAAUAUUCUGCGUGUACAGAGAGAUAUCCGCACCCUCAAAGCAAAACUUGAGAUCUUACAGAAAGAGAAGUCUGGUGAGAAGACCGUGUACAAAGAAAUUGUUCGUGUUGAGAAAGAUCAGGCCGUUGAAGCUCAAAGGGAUCGCAUGAGAGAACAAGUAUCUCAGCAAAGGUACAUGUGUCAGGACCUGGAGGAUGAAUGCAAACGUCUCUCUAGUAAAAUCAAUUUUCUACAGACCAAUGCCAGGUCUUCAAGAGAGGAGAAUACCUUGAUCUACAACAGAGAUACCUUACAAAGGGAAAGAGAUGAACUCACUCGUGAACUCAGGGUUCUCGAGACUGAGAGACAUGGCAUUACCCUCUCAUUCCAGCAGCAGAGUAAGCUUAUGAGUGAGAGAGAACAAGUUAACAGGCAGAAGAGCCGAAUGAUAGAGUCUGACAUGCAGCGUCUAGAGCGACAGAUUCUUGAUGAAAAGGACAAGAUCCAUUUGCGAGACACCACCAUCCGAGAGCUCCUGACGAGCCUGCAGAAAGAGGAGCAUGCAGAGACGAGGACCAAAGAAACGAAUGUCUCUACUAAAAUCACCAUUCUGGAUCCAGAAACGGGCAAGGAUAUGUCUCCUUAUGAUGCAUACAUGCAAGGCUUAAUCGAUCGACAACAGUAUGUUCAUCUGCAAGAGCUGGAGUGUGACUGGGAGGAGAUUACUUCAAUGGGACCUGAUGGUGAAACGUCUGUUCUCCAGGAUCGCAAAAGUGGCAAGCAGUACUCCAUUAAAAAUGCCCUGAGAGAAGGACGGCUCACACAGUAUGAUCUACAGCGGUACAAAGAUGGCAAGAUCCCAAUCUCAGAGUUUGCCCUGAUGGUUGCGGGGGACAAGAACAAGCAGACGCAGUUUAACUCAGUUCUCCACAAGUCAACAUCCCUGAAAUCACCCUCUUCAAGCAUCUCCUAUGCAGGAGAAAUUUACCCAAUUGCCGGUAUAAUAGAUACUAACACUGACACCUGCUAUACAGUCCGCAAUGCCGCUACGUGCAAACUGAUUGACCACACCACCGCCAUGAAACUUCUGGAAGCUCAGGCAGCGACAGGCGGCAUCAUUGACAUCAAGACAAAAGAGAAACACACAGUUCAUAAAGCAUCAAUUAAAGACCUAAUUGAUGACAGUCAACUUCAAAGGCUUCUUAAUGCUCAGAAAGCUUUCACCGGUGUGGAAGACCCCGUGACCAAGGAACGCUUGUCUUGUGGGGAGGCUAUUCAGAAAGGCUGGUUGAUGAAGGAAAAUGCCAUUCAACACAUGCAGGCACAGCACCUGACUGGAGGAUUGGUCAAUCCCGACACAAGCCGCAGAGUAAGCAUCGCUGAUGCACUUGGAUCUAAAAUGAUCGACAGCGCAAUGUUCAGGGAACUGCAGGCUGAGACAACCUAUAGAAAGGAUAUUACAGACCCGGUCACAAAGGAGAAGAUCAACUACAAACAAGCGUUGGACCGCUGUAAGAAAGACCCCAGGACAGGAUUACCAAUGUUACCUGCCUCACCGUAUGCAAGAUUCUAGAUGUUUACAGCAUGCUGGGUGUUAUCUGCUCUGCGGCAUGUCAAAUGAGGUACCAAACUGCCGUCCUACAUGAGAGAUCACAGAGAUGUGUCAUAUAAACAGAAACAUGAAGCACAAUGUACAUUUUCACUCAGAAAAAUUGUAACCGCUCUAAGUGCUUUGUGUUGCCAAAGUAACUACUGCCAAGAUGAGCUUUGUUUGACAAAUAUGUCCAAUGUGGGCAGAAAUAAUUUUGGUCCAAUUUAAAAUAAAAUGUUAAUCAGAUUUUGCAGUCGUUGAACCUCAUAUUAUUGUGUUUUGGGGAUACUGGGACAUGGUGCUAUGCUUGUUUGCUUGUUUGUUUUCAUUCUGCAUUGUCAUUGGGCUGUCAUUAAAAUAAUUCUCUUUAAACUCAAUCUUCUUUGAUACAUGAUGAAGAAAUGAUUAUCAAUAAAUAUAACUUGUGGUUACAAUACAUGA